CUUGGUGGCGUUUCACAAUAGUAUCAGGAUUUAUCGGUAUCUGUAACUAUCGUGCAGCAGGCAGCUGUGGGGUUGCCAACGGCGCACGGAGAGGAGGCGGUUGAGAGCCCUUCAGCACAGCCUGGCUUGAGCCCAGCGAACGGGAAGAGACAGGCCAGUGCAUACACAACUUGCGUGGUGAGAGGACGUGGGACAGCUUAGUGCAAUCCCUCGAGUGCAAUUGAAACCUAUUGAAGCAUUUAAACGCGAGUGUUUGGAAAAGUGUCUGUGGAUUAUCUAGUCAAGCAGGAGUACACACACUACACCCAGGAACUGACCAUGUGCCCUAGGUGGUGAGUAGCCAGGAUGCUGAGUGAAGGCCGUCGGGAGGGGCUUCGUCUGGCCCUGAACCGGUCGUUGAGCGAGCCAGGGGAGGCUAGUGGAGAAGCCGCAGUCCGCUGUCCAGUGUCGCUGCCGCAGCUGAUGGCGCCGCAAGUCGUAAGCAUGCCAGCGUCGCCGUGCGGAGAGAGCGCAACCAUCCAACGGUCGCUGCUGCUGCGGCGUGCCCGAGCCCUCCAGCCCGCCGAGGUGGCGCGCAAGCUCACCAAGACCAAGCCCAGGAACUUCCUGCUGGUGGAUCUCCGGCCAUUCAUCAGCUACAACCUCAGGCACGUCCGCAGUGCCAUAAACCUCAACUGCUCCGACCGAUUCAAUCGCAAGCGGCUGCAACUCAGACGCGCCUCCGUGGUGGACUUGGCGGUGUCCCCCUUUGGCCGCGACCAGCUGAAGAAGCGGUGCUACAAGGAAAUCAUCGUGUACGACGACGCUACAUCCGACCUGGAGGCGCUGCCGCCGACACACCCCGUCUACCUCGUUCUUACCGCCCUGCUGGAGGACAACAGGGAGCCGCUGCUUCUCAAAGGCGGCUUCCAGGCCUUCGAGCGCGCCUACCCCGAGUUGUGCGAGGAUGCCCUCAUGCGCACCAAGGAUGAAGUGGUGGACACGCACCUUGUGCCCUCCUACGACCCCUACAACAACUGCGUGGGCAUGGGUGUCGGCAUGGGCAUGGGCGGCAUUCCUCCCUCCCCGGGUAAUGAGGCCGCCAUUGAGCAGGCCCAGGCAUCCGAGGUCCUUCCCUUCCUUUACAUCGGCAACGCCCGGGACGCCCAAGACCUGAGGGUGCUGCAGGCGCUUGGCAUCACACGGGUAUUAAACGUGACCUCACACGUGCCCGGCUACCACCAAGACUCCGGCAUCUGCUACAAGACGCUGCCCGCCAUGGACUCCGGGCACCAGAACCUCAGGCAGUACUUCGACGAGGCCAUCCACUUCAUCGACGAGGCGAGGCAGUCCGGGGCACGCGUUUUGGUACACUGUCAGGCGGGUGUGUCUCGCUCCCCCACCAUCGUCAUCGCCUACCUAAUGAAGCACACACGCAUGACUAUGGUUGACUCCUACAAGUAUGUGAAAGCUCGCCGCAUCAUCAUCUCCCCGAACCUCAACUUCAUGGGCCAGCUGGUAGAUUGGGAGACUGCCCUCCAGGCCAACAAGACCGAGGCCGACUGCAAGCCUUGCCACCAGUGUCAGUGGCAGCGGCAGGAGGUCAAGAAAGUCCCCAACGCGUGCCAAGUAUGACAAUCGCCCUCUGGAAGCAGGACGGAGGAGCCGAGCACAGGCAGCUUGAGUCACAGGAACACAGAGACGGGCAUGGCGUCUGGCAGGAGGCUGGGGGAGUGCGGCUGCUGGAUCAAGCCGGAUGAAGGUGCUCUGCUCACCUCUUCCCAAGUGCCUGACACCACCUCCCAGCACCUCACCUCGCUGGCCCAGCAGCUGCACUCCAGCCUUCACGCGCACCCGCUCACCAGGCUGCUGCUGGAUGACCUGGAGGUGGACCUGGAAUCCGAGCAGAGACUACAAGCGAGCGAAACGGGCCUCACCGCACCCAGAGACCUGACAGGAAAAGGCGUGAGGCGCGACACCGGUGAAGUCAGACUCCAGGCCGCCAAGAGGUGCGACUUCGGAGACACUCAGUACGAGGACGCCAAGGAGGAGGGUGAGGGUGCCAGCGUCGCUAAGAGGCUGCGCACCGAACAAGUGUUCUGAGUUAGAAAAUCCUUCGUGGUGAUCAAAUCAAAGCCUCAAUCAGGGCCUUGGGGCACGUGUGUGGCUGUGGCAGGCUGGCGUGUGGGGGGCAUGGGGCGAGUGUGUGGUUCUCAGCAAACUGGAACGUUUGAAUCGAGGAAUCAGGAACCCUCCAGCCUUGGACUUCCAACGCGGGAUUGUUUUCCCCACAUUGUUGUCGACGACUGGUAGGAAGUGUUGACACUGAAGGUUGUGAAUAACAGUCAAAACUCCAUCUUCCUUCUUCAUCAAAAAGUGUACUACGUGUUUUGUUCCGUAAUAGCGUAAGGGAAGUUAAGGAACACAGUUGGUCUCAGGAGCGACGCGGUGAAUGCUUGAAUGAAUGUGUCACGAGGAGCGGGGCGCGACGAGACUCCCUCAGGCGGGCAGCUGUUUCUGACGCGGCAGUUCUGACAGCGCAGUAUUAGUACAGUAACAAAAAAGAAAAAGGAAAAAAAAAACUUGCCUUAACUAGCUUGUUGGACUGUAGCGAUCCAGGUUACUUGACUAGUUGUUUAUAACCCUGUUUGUCUUAGGUGACAAUUCUACAUUGCCUUAUCGAGAGCCUUUUCUCAAUAGUUUCUGACAAAUAUGAUGUGAUAGUCUCCCUGAGCCGGGUAGCUUUGGGUUUUCGUGCCCCGGGCCAGUUCCUCGUCCACCUCCCUCUCUCUCUCCCUUUCCUUCUCCCUUCCUUCCUUCCUCGAGGCGCCAGCAUCGUUGUGGCUGUCAGCUCGUUACACUGACCAAGCCUCAGGUGACGGCCGAGGGAGGCGUCGGUACACGGUCACCAAGACCGAGGUGCCUGACGAGGGAAUACAAGAAAAGGCCGUUAUCGCCGCUCGUGACUUGCCGGGCAGCCCUACACAGCAAGGCGGAUCAGGGGAUAGUUUAUCAAUCCACGUAAACUAUUGCUCUCUGGAUGCGUUUUUGCGGUCCCUUCUCUAGCAAGAGCCGUGGCGGCACCAGGAACGCUCUUGCCCUUGUUGUGCGUGGUGAGGGAAGCCGAGGAAGACCUAAGGCAAGCGCGGGGCGCUAUGAGGCUCAUGUCCCGGUGUGACGCGGCCCUUGGAGCAGCGGACAGCAACGGGGCGACGCGUGUACUUACGAUGCCUUCACUCAUUCAGGGCGAUUUGUAAGGGAUCUGAUGUAUUUACUACUGUGAGUGUGUCAGCAGUCAGUGGAGUUUGUAUUACGGCGUUUUUUUUUAUGUUAGAGUUAUGUAGUAAUAACCGGCUGAGUUGUGGUGAGCCAAGUGGCUGCCAAGCGCCGCACUCACUCAGGAAGCAGACAGGUGGCCGCCGCGCCGCCCUCGCAAGGCUCACUCUCUCCAGCAGACCAUUUCACUGCGGAUCUUUCUGUCUACCCAUCUCUCUAUAUAGAAAUAUAUACUGUAUAGAUAUGUUAUAUAUAUAUAUAUAUAUAUAUAUAUAUAUAUAUAUAUAUAUAUAUAUAUAUAUAUAUAUAUGCCAAUUUACUACAACAAAAGUCUUAUUAUUUAUGACACUUAGAAUUUUUAGUACAAAUGAAAAUAUUUACAUUAGUUUUUAGUCUGCAGUAAAUAAAUUGAAGUAUUGUGCCACUUGAGCUGUCCUUACCCCUAGUGAUGACGGUGCCGCCGCGUGCGUGCAGGCCUCGGGGCGGCCGGCGGGGCGCGGCCCAAGAUGGGUUGGAGUUGUACUAUAACGAAAACUAAAAAGAAGAAAAAAAAAGUUCUAGUCUUGUAUAAUUAGGAUUACUUAUUUUUUAUCCAGUCGAUUGUAUUUAUUACCCAUGAUUGAGUUCAAAUCAUGAUUAUUUAUUACCUAGGAAAUACAGGAUAAGCUUUAUAUAUCUACCCAUUAGUGAAGGAAACAAGACAAAAUAAAUGUUCAUACACACGCA